UUACCACGGACACAGAAACAGCUGUGGUGAAUGCCACAUACUCAACCAAGGAGGAGGCCAAAGUAGCCUUAGAGAAGUUGACGGGUCAGCAGUUUGAGGGCUACUCCUUCAGGGUGUCGUACAUCCUGGAUAUGGAUGCAGCUCCGCCCCUACAGGCCCCACGGAUGCGUCGGGGAUGUCGGUCGUCCAGGGACCAGGACGGGCCCCAGCCAGGGCCCUCGGGGGGCUUCGGAGGGCCCCGACACAAACAGCGUGACUUCCCCCUCCGCAUGCUGGUCCCCACACAGUUCGUAGGAGCCAUCAUCGGCAAGGAGGGCCUAACCAUCAAGAACGUCACUAAACAGACACAGUCCAAGGUGGACAUCCAUCGUAAGGAGAAUGUGGGAGCAGCAGGGAAGCCCAUCACCAUCCACGCCACCCCAGAGGGCUGCUCCUCUGCCUGCCGCAUGAUCCUGGAUAUCAUGCAGAAAGAGGCCAGCGAGACCAAGGAGUGAGUCUACUAUAGCAUCCCUACUAUACCCUUACUACACCCUCACUACAACACCCCAACUACUACACCCCUACUAUACCAUUACUACACCCCAACACCCUCACUACUACACCCCUACUAUACCCUUACUGCACCCCAACACCCUCACUACUACACCCCUACUAUACCCUUACUACACCCCAACACCCUCACUACUACACCCCUACUAUACCCUUACUACACCCCUACUAUACCAUUACUACUCCCCAACACCCUCACUACUACACCCCUACUAUACCCUUACUACACCCUCACUACAACACCCCAACUACUACACCCCUACUAUACCAUUACUACACCCCAACACCCUCACUACUACACCCCUACUAUACCCUUACUACACCCCAACAC